AUGGCAAACACCAUGUCAGACAACGCCAACAAGGCCGCUUGGCUCACCGAGGCCAAACAGAACCCACUCAAGGUCGACCAUGCUCCCAUGCCAACUCCUGGUGCAGACGAGGUCGUCAUCAAGAACAAGGCUGUGGCUGUGAACCCUGUCGACUGGAAGAUCCAAGACUCUGGAAUGUUUAUCCAGAGUUACCCUAAUGUGCUGGGUGCGUUUUCCAAAGACAUUUUCCCUCCAGGACGGCACCUCGCAGGGUUGGAAGCAUUGGCUAGCAGGAGUGUUGUGUUCUCGGAUAUCAUGCUAAUUCUACCUUCAAUUCAGNGUACUGAUGUGGCCGGCGAAGUCUAUGACAUUGGAUCAGAUGUCAAGAACUUCAAGAAGGGCGACAGAGUCCUUGCCCACUGCAUUGGUCUCGGUACCGGCAAGGCCCAGAAUGCUGGUUUCCAGCUCUUCUCAGCAUGUCCCGAGAUCCUGACCUCCAAGAUCCCAGAGCAAACCUCAUAUACUGAGGCUACCGUUCUGCNNCCCCUGGCUAUCUCGACAGCAUCGGCUGGUCUCUACCAGAAGAGUUAUCUCGAGCUUCCCUACCCCACUGCCUCCCCUAAGUUCUCAGGAAAGGUCAUUCUGAUUUGGGGAGGAUCCAGCAGUGUCGGUUCAACUGCCAUCCAGCUUGCCGUAGCUAGUGGUGUCAAGGUAGUCACCACUGCCUCCAAGCACAACCACGACUACUGUUCGAAGUUGGGCGCCUCAGCUGUCAUCGACUACAACAGCUCUUCAGUGGCCGAUGACAUUCUCUCCGCCAUCAAGGAUACCGGUGCCGAAUUUGCUGGUGUCUACGACUCUAUCUCUCUGCCCGAGAGUUUCAAGCACUGUUUUGAAGUCUUGCAGAAGGCUGGUGGUAGCAAGAACAUGGCUACCGUUCUCCCACCUCCUCAAGACAAGCCUUCUGAUCUCAAUGUCCAGGGCGUCUUUGCCAUUACUAUCGCUACCCAGCACAAGGAAGUUGGUGACGCUGUUUGGCAGAAAUUCGUUCCCGGUGCUAUUCAAAGCGGAGAUCUCAAGUGCUUGCCCGAGCCUUUGGUUGUCGGUCAGGGCCUAGAGAGCGUGCAGAAGGGUCUUGACAAGAACAAGGCUGGUGUCAGUGCCAAGAAGGUGGUCAUUGAGCUGUAG